AUGUUGGGGCAGCAGCAACUUGAGGAUGCCAGGCGAUACUGGGAAAUGGAACGGGACACCGAAUGGUUCCGACAACAUCCUGUGCUUUCCGCUGGUGUCGACUUGAGCAAGUGCAUCCCACUGCGCCUCUAUGGUGACGGCGCCGAAGCAUUCCGAAACCCAGCAUGCAUGCAAAGCAGCUCUACGUAUCCCUCAGUGGAUGCAUGGGGCAACCCGCUGGAGUCUGGAUUGGCAGGCACGAGAAUCGCGGGAGAGUAUACUUUUGUGCUGGAUGGCGUGCAAGCCGACCAAGAUUAUCUCAAGAUUCUCUUCGAUUUACAGCGUGUAUUUUCGCGGCAGCAAUGCUGUCACUGUUGCAAAGCAAUACAGUGGGUGCGAGCCGACAUGCCGCCGACGGGAGACAACGACCCGGAACUCCUGUACACCCGCUGGGGGAGGACUGCUGCACAUCGCCACACGCUUGUGAAUGUCAACGAGUUCAUCGGCUUGAACGGGGCUACACCGCUCACGAGCAUCGUUGGGUUUGAUCCUUGGAGACUGUACCCUGACGUCAUGCACAUUCUCCACUUAGCCGUGAUACCGGAUGUGGUCGUUUCGGUUUUCUUGGAAUACACGGAUGAUGAAUCGAUUUUCUCUGGAAGAAAACGUGAUGAUAGGUUGGAAGAGCUGUGGCAGCUCUACAGGUCAUGGUGCGAAGAUGGAAACAUCGUGGAGCGAGCGCAGAGGAAGCUCUUCAGUACGGCUAUCCUCAAGAACAAUCAGUAUGUCGAGAUAAGUCAAAAAGUGAUGAAUGCCACAGCUUGCAGAUACAUGAUAUUCUUCCUCGCUGUUUUGGGCGAGAUGGCACUUCAGAAGCUGGGGCAGCAAGCUAGCAACUUCCACUACUGGAUUGCAGGGGUUUGCUGGGCGUUUGCGUCCAUGGAGCGAAUCAUGUUGCAUGGCGACCGGUUCUUGAAUCGAUUUGAUUGUGAACGCUUCUACAAUGACUACCUCGUCAUGCGAGGAGGCUACAAUCAUCUAGCGCAGCGCGCCUUGAGCCUGCAACUGCCAAGAUGGCAUUGCAGGCCCAAAUUGCAUCAGUGGGAGCACGCUGUACUGGAUUAUCUUCCUCGCAACCCACGAUAUACCUCCAACUUUUUAGGAGAAGAUUUCGUGCGACGUGCCAAGGCUCUAGCUCUCAGAAGCCAUGCUAAUUGGAUGUCGCGGCAUGUUCUGCUGCGCUAUGUGUUGCAGUUCUGUUUGGCACGGCGGGAAUGA